CAAGUUCCCAAUGCAUGUUGGCGGAACACCGCACCGUCCGUUCAUAAUACGAACGUGAUCGGUUCGAAACUUCGAAAUUGAAACUAACAAUUAUAAAUUUUAUUUUUAUUAUUUCUUUUUGGUCGCCUGUGUUUUCAUUCCGUAGUUUCAAAUAACAAUUUUUGAUGACAGCAAAAAGUUCUGUGAAACCAUAAUGGGUACGAAAAAGUUAGUGAUAAAGUGGUUAUGGAUUGUUGUGUUGGGAAUUUCAGUGUUUUUCAAGUCUACGGACUCCGUCGAUCUACCUAGAUUCAUAGGACCGGGAUCCAAUGUCACGGUAACUCUUGGGAGAGAUGCCACGCUUACGUGUCGAGUUGAAAAUCUACAAACAUUCAAGGUGGCGUGGUUGCGCGUCGACACCCAAACGAUACUCACAAUCGCCGGUCACGUGAUCACCAAGAACCACCGGAUCAGCGUGAGCCACGGCGACGGCGCGUGGAACCUCGGCCUGAAGGACGUAGGCCCUUCAGACGGUGGCCGCUACAUGUGCCAGGUCAACACCGAGCCUAUGAUGAGCCAGACGCACCUGCUCCAGGUUGUCGUGCCACCCGACAUCGACGACGAAGCGAGCAGUAGUGAAGUGAUCGUCAAAGAGGGUGAGAACGCAGCGCUCCACUGCGCUGCAUCGGGGACACCUCCCCCCACAAUAGCGUGGCGCAGAGAAGACUCCAGACACUUCAAGAUCAACAACCAGACUUUGGUUUCUAAGUGGACUGGGGAUUGGCUAAACCUCACAGCAGUGGAUCGAGCGGCGUCGGGGGCGUAUCUGUGUAUUGCUACCAAUGGUGUUCCGCCUUCUGUCAGCAAAAGGAUCCAGAUCAAUAUUAUGUUUGCGCCAGCAGUGUGGGCUGGUAGGGUCGCUUUAAGGGCUCCCGCUGGGGGAGCUGUCACUCUUCAAUGCAUUGCCGAAGGGUACCCCACACCGCAGUUCUAUUGGACUCUGAAUGGAGAACAGAGGCUCAUUAACGGCUCGAAAUACAAGCUCAGUGCGGGAUCGCGCGGGUACCGUCAUACUCUGAAUCUCCUUGUGUCAGAUAUGUCUAUUGAAGACGCGGGGGCGUAUAGAUGUCACGUGGAGAACGCCCUUGGAAAAUCCCAAGCCGAAUUGUUUUUGCACUUGCUUACCACGACCACCACUACAACAACUACGACAACUACGACGACGACUACAACGACGACUACGACACCACCGCCAACGACUACAUUGUUGCCAUAUGAUAGUGAAAGUCAUCUGGAACACUUACAUCGAGGAGUUCUCCAAGACCCAGACUUGGAGAAUCCGUACAUCGUCCUCAGCCAACACCAAAUGCAGAACCUUGAAAUGGUGACCACAAUGUGACCAGAAGCUGGCGUGAGGGAGGAUUGGAGUGAGGGUUGGCCUCCUCUCCACCGCUCAAUCGCCGCAGCAAAACUACCCACAUUCUGGACAGUUCUUAUAACGGUCGUCUUAAUAGUAAAACGACUUAAACAGUGAGUGACUGACACUUUAACGUAAGAAGAUAAGCCAGCUGAGGUGUAUGACUGACAGUGCAGAACUAAUGUUGAACAAGAGCCACUCUCUAGUGUGAUGAUAUAAGUGCUAAAAUCGAUGAGUGGUCGUGAGGUUUUCGUGAGGAAACUCAAGGUUGUUGAAUUUAAAAUAAUAUCUCUUGAUCGUAGACUGUAAGUAUUGUUUAGCGCUUUUAUUAACAGUCUGCUGUUAAGGACACGUCAUCACUGUUAUUAUAUGUUUUUUUUAUUUAAUAUCAUUGACACUGUAUAUAUCGAAAUACAUAUUUCCAAAGGUAAAUAUUACUUCUUAGGUAUUACUUUUAAUUUUGUUAAUUGAAUUUUCAAGAUAAUUCUAUACAGAAAUCACAUAGUACAUUGCUUCACUGGUGAAGAUUUAAUUGCAAAGAAGAAGUUAUUCUUAAAUGGGUUUAAAGGUGCGUUUUAAAAUAAUAAGGGUUGUAUCAUAAUAAUAGUCAGUCAUUCUUCAGAAAAUAUAUGUCGAUUAUUUAUUUAGGUAUAAAGUAUUUGAUCUACGCAGAAAAUAUACUUUAGAACCUAUCCCACUCUAAAGAAUGAUAAUUGUAUGAAAUGGACAAAAUAUUGUAGCAUUUUGUCUUACCUUAUUUGUAAAGAAAAUAUAACUAGAAAAAAAU